AUGCUAGCACCGAAAAUUAACUGGCGUGGUCACACACCCAUUUAUAAAGACUUCCUCUCGAAAUAUGUUCUUCAGACUGACGAGUUGAAACGUCAUUCAACUCAUCAUCACGGCAUAGAAUUUUGCGAGAAACGGUCGAAUGCUAUCGGAUCGACGAUCAGGCGUCUCGCCCGAUCUGCCGACGAUGCAGUGCCUGUUCAGAAGUCGAGCUCGCUCUCAUGGGCGCGACGCGACCGACGCGGUACGACGGUCGAAAAGCUCAUAGAGUACACGCAAGAGCCCAAGCGGAUAUUCAGCGAAAAAGCAAUCUCAGAUAGCAAUAACAUUUCCAACGGCGGAAUCAACCAGAAAACCAUCCCUCCGCAGCCCGAAACAACCAGCAUCACGGACGUGACGCCGGAUUCCCCCGACGUGACGAUCAGCGCCCCCGAAGCGAAAGACACCCCAGCCGUGACGAUCUCAGAAGUCAAAGACAGCGUAUCGGACGUGACGAUCUCAGAAGCUAAAGACAGCGUAACGGACGUCACGAUCUCAGAGGCGAAGGAAGUGACGAUCACCCCGGAGGUAAAAGACGCGCCGGUAUGUUCGAGGGUGCCAGAACUGACCGUGACGAGCGACUCGAGCGACAACGUGGCCGUGGACGAAUCUGACGUCACGGACACGGAACCGCGAAGCGAGAGCGAGGCGGCGAACCUGCUGGAGCACGAGGUGAGCGAGGAAACUUCUUCGCCGUUGGUCGUCCAGCAGCUGGAGCUGGAGGAGAAGUCGAGCUCGCCGUCGACGGCCGACUCGGACGUCACGAUGCAGAAGGAGUCGAAGACGGAGAAGGACGUGAGCGAUACGUCCAUCUCGAUCGACGAGAAGACGGAGACCCACACGAACGAGUACAACCUGAUCGAGAACGAGGACUCCUCCGAGUCGGUGACGCACUCUCUCGGCACGAAGCUGAACUUCAGCGAGGUGCUCAACCCGGAGAAAGAGGUGACCGAGGCGGUGAACCAGAGGCUGUCCUCGCUCGUGCGGGGGAUCUCCGAGGACGAGAUGCCGACCACCGUUCUUGAGCUGACCAAAGACUACGUCAACGGGGUUGACGUCUGGCGGGAAGACAAUAAUUUAACCAAGGAUCUAGGCAACGAAUAUAUUGAGCGCGUCAAGUUAAAAGCGGAAGACCUCGUAAACGAAAUCUGCGCCAAGGCCGAGACGGUCAACCAGAACGGACUCGCCAAGGACAUUGUAACUAGUGUAAAUUUCGCCAAAGCCAAUAGUGUAGACUCCUAUCGCCCACCGCUGGCCGAGACCAAACUCAAGACGUCGAUGACGUCAUCCUUUGAGGACGCACUUCUCAACGUCAACUUCGGCGAGGGAGCGGAAGCCCCCACUUUCUGCCCUCGUCUUAGUACGAUAGGCUCUGAACUAGAACUUAAAGUGGCAGAGGAGCUCUCGCCGGUGGACAAGAGCGGCUCGAGUUUCUCGGACGGGGACCUGAGUCCGGACCCGAAGGGGCUCUCGGACAGUGUGAUAGAGACGAUCAAGGGUGAGAUCGCGGAGAUCUGCGAGGAGGCGGCCGACCGGGCAGCCCAGCUCCUCGCCGAGAAGGCCGCCGAGGAGGCCGAGUCCGACUCGAACGAGAUCUCUGAGAACGGGACCUCGACCAACAACCCGAGCAUAUCCUUCUCCGACGACACCCAGAUCAUCGAGUCCAGCAUCCACGCCCCGGUCGACGAGAAGCUCGCCUCCGCCGCAACCACCAUCCAGGCCUCGUUUCGGGGUUACCAAGUCCGAAAGGCGCACAAAAAACAGGAGAACCCUCGGACGGAGUCAACAGUGGUCGACGAAGACGAACUGCCGCCUCCGGACAUGGAGCUCCUGGGCUCGGAAGGCGACACGAUCUCCGAGGAGGACCUGCCUCAACCGCCGGAGUUCGACGACCUCCCGCUCCCGGAGGACCUGGCCGAGCUGGACGAGUACGUGGUGACGCCGGAGAUCCGGGACCAGAUGGUGCGGCGCAACACCAUCAUCGCGGAGACGCGGCUCUCGGGGCUCUCGGCCGCCUCCAUGAACGAGUCCUCCUCGGAGAUCGACUCCUCGCUGUCGAGCGCGGCGACCAAGAUCCAGGCCGGGAUCCGGGGCUACCUCACGCGGAAGCACCUCAAGAACACCUCCUCGACGACGGCCCCCUCCAUGGACGACUCGGAUCUCUCGACCGGCGAGCCGAACCAGAUCAAGAAGGCCCUCUCCGUCGAGGAGACCGAGAUCCAGCGGCAUCCCUUCUCCCCAGAUGAAAAGUACAUGGUGGGGAAGCGGAUGUCCCUGGACUCGCGGAUCAACCCCUCGAGCGGGAGCCGGGGGCGGGCGCCGAUGCGGAGCACGAUGUCGGAGUGCGCCGACGACCGGGACCAGUGGUUCGUGGGCUCGGAGGCGGAGGAGAAGGCGGCGGCGCGGAUCCAGUCCGGCUACCGGGGCUACAAGACGCGGCAGCGGCUCAAGCGCGGCGACGCCGUCCAGCAGCCCACCACGAGCAGCAGCGUCACCCCGGCCUCCGCCUCCCCCGCCACCGCCGCCUCCCCGCGCACCCACUCCGCCGCCAGCGAGGAGCCACCCACCCCCAAGCACACCGGCGAGUACCAUGACGUCCUCGCCCUGUCGCCGCCAGUCCUCCACAGCGUGGUGGAGGAGGACGCGGAUGGUGACGAGAGCUCGGAGAGCGACCCUAAGAAGACAGCCAGCGAGGCGGAGCUGGUGGACGCGGCGAUCAAGAUCCAGUCGGUGUUCCGCGGCUACAAGACGCGCAAGGAGCUCAACGAGGGCGACUCCCGGACGGAGACCGAGUCCCUCGACUCGACGCAGACGGAACCCAUGACGGAACCCAAGAAGACGACGGAGCCGGCCCCGGCCGAGGGCGAGGAGGACCCGGACGUCAACGAGGCCAACGCCACCAAGAUCCAGGCCCACAUCCGCGGGUACCUCACCCGCAAGCAGCUCGAGGAGAAGCGAGAGGCCGCCGUCAAGAUCCAGGACAACUUCCGCAAGUACAACGCCAGGAAGAAGGCCAAGAACCAGAAUUAAAUGCAAGUCUCAGGAGCUUAGCCUUCAGAUAAUUGGAUAUAUUUGGACUGCAUUUUGCAAUUUGGAACUAUACAUUCUAGCUCUUCUGGAAAAGCACUUAUGUGCAUAGCGAAACCAAUGGCACAUGCGUUGUUUUUAUACCGGGCUAGAAUGUAUAGUUCCAAAUAGCAAAAUGUAGUCCGUUUAUGCUACAAGGAACUAUUUUGCACGCAAACCUUAUGCAUAUAGUUCCUUUUAGCAUAAAUACGUCCAAUUAGCCAGUGAAGUAGAUGUAUCCUCGGUGAUUGGGGAGAUAUCGCGGAUAUUCGAGAUUCGCGGAUAUUCGAGAUUCGCGGAUAUUCAAGAUUCGCGGAUAAGUGAGAACCGCGGAUAAUCGAGAUUCGCGGAUAAGUGAGAACCGCGGAUAAUCGGGAAUCGCGGAUAUUUUAAAUUAAAAUUUAACGUAAUCUUUAAUGAAGGAAGUUGCAUCUUCACCGAUGCAACUACACUGGAAUAAAAAUUGAUGGUUUGGCACCAGCUAAACGGAGUUAAUGCUGCACGCCGAUCAAAUUGGUGUUGCUUGCGAACUUAUUGAUGCUGUGCACACCAAUUACAACCAUACCACAAAAAUUGGCGGAGCUAGGGUUUCGAGUGCCGGAGUGCCCUACUGGUGUCCGCACUAAUUCAGUCUGUAUGUCCAACAGUAAUUUUGUACGAAUUUUUUUAGGUACAGCACCAAUUUUGGUCGGUGUGCAGUGCAGUAUUAACUGGAUUGGCCGGCUCAAAAUCAGCCAACUGUUUGUGCAUAGCACUAAUUUUUUUUUCUUUCUUCCUUUCUUUUUUUCAGUGAUGUGCCAAUGCAAUAUUGGAUGCAAUCGUGCGUUUAUUGCAAAUUUACUACUGUCUGAAAUAAUUGCUGGUUGCAUUUGGGUGAUUGAAGCAAUAUUCGUGAGG